AUGGCUACCGCCGAGGCAGCCCAGCAGCCUGUUGAAUUGGACGGGACAGAUCGGCCAUCCCGUCGCAGACCGUUCUCAACGUGGGUAAAGAAGAUCGCCAACUUCAAAAGCGCCUCUACAGAUACGAAUGCUUCCUCCCAUCCUACCCCCGCAAAACGAAAUACAUCCCAGAUCAAAUCGCACUCGAAGCGGCUUACCGCCUCAAAGAAGAACAACCCGUAUCCCGAGUCGGGCUAUGUAAAUGGACACUCCUCAAUACCAAACGCGAAUGGCCGUGGCUCCUUCUCUACGGGACCUACCAGCAUGUCCAGAAGCACACCAUCCCUAAAUCAAAGUAGAAAUUCUGUCCGGUCGUCCCAUGAUGGCCACUCUCCGCCCACUAUCGGCAAUAAGUCAAUGGCAGCGACCGUGUCCACUGCAGCACACUCGGAGGCAGCAGCUUCACACGCGCCAUCGUCCGGGCAGGGCACAAAUGCUACGAAUGGAUGUGGACUUAGCACUGGACAAGGCGCAGACAGCACAUUCUCCUCUCCGACGCCCUCGGUACGCUCCCUCACUACAACCCUCACGACGAUACAAUCCGUAUCCGGUCCUGCUGCUCAUAUCCCGCAUCAGACUUCUAAUACAAACAACCAGACGAUGCAGUUCUCUCAUCAGUUUCCCAUCUCACCCCCACCAAGCGCCCUCCCAGCACACCUUGCUCCUUCCGGGAGCGGUGGACAUCCACCAACAUACAAUACUGCUACUGCAAACAACCUCCUAACAGACAAUGCGUCGAUUCUUACAUUGGCAUCGUCUUCGAAGAGGAGAAGACGACGUUCGAUGGAUACCGAUGCUUCCGUUCGCGCGCUUGCUCCGUCGUCACUAUUUGGCGGUAGUCGAGAGUCUCUCCCACUGAGCGUCUUGAGCGCAAAUAUCGACCCAUCUAACGUUCCGCCAACUCCACAUCAACCACGCCCAAGUCUUGGAGGGCUGAAUGAGCGAGCCAGUAUCUACUCGGCCACAGGUGUUGCGCCAGCACUACCGAGCGAGCGGAAUAGCUACUAUGCUGGAAAGCAAUCAAUUUUAGCUGAUGGAGGGAGUGUCAAGAGCGGCCUUGCUGGGCAUGGUAGGAAUGAUAGUACCAGCGGAAGCAUAGGAGGAAUAGCGGCGUCUGGCAGUCCAUUGUCCAGUCCUAAGGACACCGCUGGACCAUCUUCGGCUGGCCGGCUCAGCCGCACCAAUUCUGGAUGGGGCGAGGUGGACGAUGCCGACAAGGUGGAAGAGCCCAACGGAGGAAUGCUUAGGACAGAAGCAUCCAAGUCGGACGUACCAAAGGCAGACCAGUCGAGUUAG